AUGAAAUACCCGCUCAAAGUGUGCUGCCCCUACCCACUCCAGACUCAAAGCGAUGGCGACAAUAACUCUUGGGGGUGCCACAAAGACUACAUGGCCUGCAUCGACCCGGACGCCUCUUGCGUCGACGAUGACGACGUUACCGCUGAAAUGGUGGAGAACUGUCAAUCGCUUGACGGUAUCGGAGACGGUUACUGCGAAGAUGGGAACAACAAAGCAGAGUGCGGUACGUUGGCCCGGGAAACGAUACACCCAACGGGAAAAAGUAUAACGAAACAAAGAGAUUUCGCUCGAUUUCGUGGACAUGACCAUACUCCCGAAACACUUUUCGACGGUUUCGUUGGGAACCCACGGGGCGAUGACGACGACUGGCUCUGCUCCAAAGACGGCUCCGGGUUUGCCUGCAUCGACCCAGACGCCCCCUGCGUUGACGACGACGACAUCACCAUCGAAAUGGCGCAGAUUUGCGCCACUUUGGGCUUGGGGGACGGCUGGUGUGACCAGGACAACAACAACGAGAUUUGCGGGAGAUGUUUGAGGCAUGGAAUAGAGAGGAACGGACGGUAG